AUGAGAACAGUUGUUGCUCCUUAUUAUCCAGCAAUAUCCAAAGUAGCCACUGGUGUUCAAGAGGGUUAUUAUAGCAAUGUUUUGUUUAUUAAGCAAGAAAAAUUAGAAAGUGGAGAAUUGAAUAUUUAUAUAGGUGAAGAUUGA